GGAAACAAAAUUCAUUUCCCCAAAAAUGGUCAAUAUCAAGGCCCAUAUUUUUCCUCAACUCAAAAAAUGGUAGAAAGGAAGCAAAAAAAGACCAGAAUUUUAUACUCAAAAUUGUUGUCUUUAGCUUUUUGAAUUUUGAUACUCAAAUUCUCAACAUUCAAACCUGCACUUGACUCUAGUAUCAAGCAGCAACUAGAUCUUUUUCCAAACAUCUCAAACUCUGAUUUUGUUGUAGUUAUCUAACACUAACAUAUUAGUGAUAUUACUAUAAUUUACUUCAAACUUCAUCAGAAACUCUAAGAAAAUGAAGAACCCUACAAAUUUCUGAGUUCGUGGAUUGGAAGUCAAGUUUAGGAAGGUGCUUUGAUCUUUGUUAUCAAUCAGGGACAUGGAUGAGAGGCUAAAGGAAGGAAGAAAUGAGAUGAAAUCACUCAGAUAUAUCAACCAGACCUUGACAGGGGUGGUAACCACUCUCCUGGUCUACGGGAGUGAGUGUUUGGGGCCUGGUCUAGGGGAGCAAGUGUUCGGGUUGGGGAUAUUGUGGGAUGAGAUUUUUUCUAAACAUUUCCCCUUCGACUAUGAUUUUAGCUCAUGGGUCAUAUUCGUUUCCUGGAGCUUGCACUGCUACACCUAAUAGAGCUGUUAUCCACUCAUGCAGUAGUUGAUGAUUCUGAGUGUGAAGAAUGAGUUUAUCACUCACGGUGAUGACCUUCAACCUCCACAAUGACCAGCCUGCUGAUAGUUUGAAUUCAUGGGAAAAGAGGAAAGAUUUAUGCAUCAGCGUGAUAACUAGUUAUUCACCAACUAUCUUAUGUACCCAGCAAGGCUUGAAGUUGCAGCUGGAAUACCUUCAGCAGGGAUUGCCUGGUUAUGGCUGUUUUGGCAUUUCAAGAAAGGGAGUUGAAGACACAUCAGAUGAGCAUUGUGCCAUUUUCUUUGACAAGGAGAAGGUAGAGCUAGUAGAAGGUGGAACCUUUUGGUUAUCAGAGUCACCUUCUGUAGCGGGAAGCAUUUCAUGGGGAGCAAUAGCUCCGUGUAUAGUGACAUGGGCAACAUUUCAGCUUAGGGGGGUUGAACCACCUGGUUUCUCAUUCCAGAUUGUUAACACAAAUAUGGAUGAGUCAAGUCCUCGUGCACGCCGAAGAGGUGCUUUACUCACAUGGCAGCAUAUCGCAUCACUACCUCCUAGCUUGCCAGUAGUUUAUUGUGGAGGAUUUAAUACACAAAAAGAAUCGACUACAGGUCGUUUCCUUCUUGGGAGAUCAAGAGAGCACGGUGUAGUGGGUGACAUGAGAGAUACAUGGCCAAAUGCACGUGUUAGAAAAAAUGUAUCCUUAAUUCGCACUUAUCAUGGAUUCAAAGGUGACAAACAGGGAGCUAUGGAAUUUCUGAAGUUGAUUUUUAGGGCGCUUUGUCUCUGUUGGGAUCGUCAAACUCAAGAUCUCCAUGUCGAUUGGAUUCUAUUCAGAGGGAGAUCCCUCAUACCUGUUCUGUGUGAAGUAGUUAAUGAUAAUAUUGAUGGGUGUUACCCAUCCUCCCACUAUCCAUUGUUUGCUGAGUUUAUGCUCCCUCGUUCUGUUAGAUUGAGUGAAAUUCCAGCUCAAGAUGAGAGCUGAGCGAUACGUGCUUACGCUAUUUAGUUGAGUCUGGCUAUCUAGCUAAAUUUCUGUAGUUGGUUAAGCUUUUAUCCCACGAGUCCAAAGGAACCAUCUAUGUAAAUGUAUUGCAUGUGGAAUGUACCACAACUGUAUCUCAUAUUCAUUGAAAUUUAGCUAUUUGGAGUGUUUUUGUUUAGUUACACUCUUUUUUGUUUGAUAGAAACUUAUGAAACUCUUCAAUAAAACUCAUGAUUGGCACAAUA